UGUGUAGUGGCACUCAAACUAAUUUACUGCGCCGAGUGCGUCUCGCUCCCGCAGCGCGUCAUCCUCUCGUUUUGGGACGCUCCGAACCUGGAUUACCCCCCGCUGGUUUGACGCAGCUGCUCCGAGCUCCGCGCGACAAUUGUGUUUUAUCAUGCGAGUUUUUACUUGAUCGCAUUCGAAGUUGUUGCGUUUGUUGUUGAGGAAGCAGCAUUCCCCCCCCCCCAUUUCGACUUCGUCUUGAACGCCAGAUCCAGAAACCAUGAACAAAAAAGGGAUGGUGACCAAAAUCCACACGCGGAUAAGACUCGACCCCUUCGCGGCCAAUUACGAGCUCGUGGGCAGAGAACUGGGCAGGGGAAAGUUUGCGGUGGUGAAGAAGUGCGUUGAGAAGGCAACGGGGAAGCAGUACGCUGCCAAGUUCCUGCGCAAGCGGCGGAAGGGCGCGGACUGCCGCGUGGACAUCUUGAACGAGAUCGCCGUGCUGGAGUCGGCCAAGGCCAACCCGUACGUGGUGGCGCUGCACGAGGUCUACGAAACCAGCGCCGAGAUCGUCCUCGUCUUGGAGUGUGCCGCCGGUGGCGAAAUCUUCAACCAGUGCGUCGCUGAUAACGACGACGCCUUCACAGAGAAGGACGUGGUGCGACUGGCCAAGCAGAUCCUGACCGGGGUGGCCUGUCUGCACCGGGGCAGCGUGGUACAUCUGGACCUGAAGCCCCAGAACAUCUUGUUGACCAGCGCCAGACCCCUGGGGGACAUCCGCAUUGUGGACUUCGGCUUGUCGAGGCGUAUGGACAGCAUCACAGAAGUCCGGGAGAUCCUGGGUACGCCGGAGUAUGUGGCGCCUGAGAUCCUGAACUACGAACCCAUCAGCACGGCGACAGACAUGUGGAGCAUCGGCGUCCUGACGUACGUCAUGCUGACCGGCGAGUCUCCCUUCCUGGGCGACGACAAGCAGGAGACCUUCCUCAACAUCUCCCAGGUCAACGUGGACUACUCGCAGGACACGUUCGAGGGAAUCUCGCCCCAGGCCGUCGACUUCAUAAAAACGUUGCUGGUUAAAAACCCCAGGAAGAGAGCCACGGCGGAAGAGUGCCUCCAGCACCCCUGGCUGAACCCGUACCCCCAUCCUCACCCGCACCUCCACGCCGUGUCGGCCUCCUCGCUGGACGAGGCCGAGGCCAGCCAGUCGGAGUCGGAGCCGGAGAGCCCGGCUCCCUCCCCCGAGCUGGACCUGCUGGGCUCGUACCUCACGUGCCCGGGCCAGGGCGACCUGAAGACGGGCCGGGACGCCUUCUCCUUCAGCGAGCCGCCGUUUCCCAAGCGCGCCGAGAUACAGCAGGAGCUGAUGUGCUGAUGGAAGAGACUGGAGGAAUGCAACCUCCUCGGAGCGGACGCUGAAAGCCAGCGGGCCUGUUGCUUUGACGCCUUGAUCGCACCCCGGGGGGGCUGCGGAUGCCGUGUGACCGCCGCUUCUACUGCUGUGCGCUGAGCUGUGUGGUUUGAUACCUCUGCAUGUGUGUGUGAUCCACUGGGGGGCUGUGGCUCAGGACUGCACCGCUGCCUUAAGUGGCAGAAGUGAACUUGCCCCGCGGCUCGUUCGCCCCUGCAGGAACACUGGUUUCUCUCUUUUUAGCCAAUUAGCCUUUUGAACCGAGAGGCAGCCUCAUGCUUCCAGGGGACAUGACUUCACUCAUCGAGGCAAGUUAUGCUUCAGCUGACCCAGACGUACCUUCUGUGCCGAGCGCUGUGAAGAGCUUUGACACAUGGUUUUGCUUAACUAAGGACCUGAUGAGAAAGACAGCGCCUGCGUUGAAAACGGCCGGUUUCUUUUUUAUUUAUGUUUUGUUUUACUACUUCAGCUCCUCCAAUAAAGUCACAUCAGUGCCUGAGUUCCAAGUGGAAAUGGAGAUAUAGUUUUAUUUUUAGGGACAAUCCGCAGCACUUUUUUACUUUUUUCUUGGGGUUCAGAGUAAUCGUAUACAAACCAAAGACUUCUCCAGCGCCCGUCACGUGUACUGUACAUAUCGCACCCAAUCUCCACCGCUCACUGUUUUUCUUUUUUGUCAAACUUGCCACUUUUUCCACCUCACGUCUGAGUUUAAGGAUUUAAAUUUGUUCGUACAAGUUGCACAUUUUAUUUUUCUGUACUUGCUUUGAGGUUGAUACGCGAGAGUUGAUGCUCUUUAAACACGGAAGAGGCGACGGCACGGGUUAAAACGAAUGAACGGGUGGUGAACGAAGGUCAAGGAGCCCAGAAUUAUUCGGUGAGGUCUGUAGAUAAAUGCUUUUUAUGAAUCCACAGUGAAUUCCACGUGAAAUGAAGAUGUUCCUUGUAGACAGUGAAUUUAGUGGCUUUGCACGAGUAGGGAGCUGCAUCAGAGGUUUUGCUAGCUCCUGAUUCUGGUGGCUCAUACUAAUUGGACGUGUCACAUCUUCAGGCCCGGCUCUGUGACGCUCUUUACGGCCAGAGAUGCAAAUUAACUGCAGACGUUUUAUCUGCUAAACUGAAGCGGCUUAUUAUCGAAUUACUGUACCUGAGAGAUCCGUUGUCCGAACUGUCUGGAACGAAGUCUGUUGUAGCAAACAGGAGUUGUGAUGAAGCUCGCCGUGCACGAGAUUUGCAUUCAGAUGCCUGGGAGCAGAGGAAUCUGAAUUCCUCAAAGUACUGAAAUGUAUAUUGUGACUUUAGUAUUAAGAUGACUCUGUAAAGAUAAUUUUGUUUUUUUUACCCAGUGUAUGAAUGUUAAUAUUAUUUGAUGUCUUAUUUUCUAUGUUAACUUUUACUUAUUUCUGUUUUGUGCUCAUAAAUUUCAGGCAGGUUUGCACUUGUCCUUGUGGACGUUCUAUUAAAAUAAAUAAAUGUUGAUGGCAUGCAUUGCAGAUGUAACGAGAAUUAAAUACAUAUGCAUUUUGUAUCAAAAUA